AUGGCAUCGCUCGAUGAUUCAAUCUCAACCCUUCAUCCUGACAUCAUCCAGACCCAAAUCUUGACCCGACUCGACGGUCCGACGCUAGCCUCCACCGCAUCAACCUCGUCUUAUCUCCAAACCCUCUGCACGGAACAGAAACUCUGGCAAGAAAUCUCCACCGCCACGUGGCCUUCUAUCAAUGACCCACGUGUUGUUCAAGCCAUCUCCUCUUUCCCUUCCGGUCACCGCUCCUUCUUCGCUGACUCGUAUCCGUUCACUGAACACACGUGGCAGCAGUCGGAAAACCACGAUCCACCGACAACUGGAUUAAUCUCAGCCGUUGAUCUAUAUUACAGAGGAGAGCUAAUCUACUCGAAGGUUCAAGAGAUGGAAACAGAGAACGGGAAAUCAGGAUGGUUUCUAUCGACUCCGUUUCGGGUUGAUAUGCUCGACCCGAAAGAGUCGGUUAAAACCCGGAUUCAAUAUCCGGGUGGGGAUUACGAAGUGUGGGUGAGAGAUAUGGAAGAGAGCAUGAAGCUUAAUUGGAUAGUGAUUGAUCCAAUCAAGAAACGAGCUGCGAAUAUAUCGAGCAGAAAUUCAGUGUCAGCGACGCGGAAUUGGUUAACGGGAGAUUUAGAGAUAAGAUUUUCGACGGUGGUUCCAGCGACGGCGGUGGGCAAGAACGCGGCGGAAGUGGCGGCGGUUGUGUCGUGUGGAUCGGCGGAGACGUGGAAAGAGGUGGACGAGGAAGUUGGAGGAGAAGUGCACGUUAGGGACGUGAGGUUGCAAGUAGAGGACAUUGAAGGAAAAUGUUUGAAAGGGAGGGAUAGUUUGGUAGUUUUACAAGGGUUGUUGGGAGGGAAGAGAUGUUGUAAAGAUGGUGAAGAAGAGAGAAGAGGUAAAGGAAGGUAUGUGGAAUACGUGGAGAUGAAGACACAGUGGAGAGAGAAGAAAGAGAAGAGAGAGAAAGCUCAAGACACUAUUUGUAUGAUCUUUGGGUUCUCUUUGUUUGUGCUUUUGUGGAGUUUUAUUUUGUUAAGGUAA